CCAUAUCAACAGAGAAUGAACGAAACUGUGUUGUUUCUCUCCUCAGGUAAGUACAGGGGCCAGAGGCUGAUAGAGGUGGGUACAGGGCCAACCAUCCACACGCUGAUCAGUGCCUGUGAGUACUAUGAUGAGAUCGUGGUAUCGGACUACGUGGACAGCAACAGGAAGGAGAUUGAGAAGUGGCUGAAAGCCGAGGAGGGAUGUUUAGACUGGAACACUCACCUCCAGUAUGUCUGUGAUCUGGAGAGGAAAAGAACCCCAGCGAUCAUCUCAGACACUCUCCGUCAGAGGGUUAAACAGGUUCUAAAGUGUGACAUCUGCCUGGAGAACCCGUUCCACCCUGUCACGGUUCCUCCGGCGGACUGUGUCCUCUCCUCGCUGUGCCUGGAAGCGGCGUGUAAGGACCGCGAGUCCUACCGCCGCUCGCUGUCCUCCAUGGUGGACCUACUGAGGUCUGGAGGGGUCCUGGUCCUGAUCGGGGACCUGGAUGAGACCUUCUACACGGUGGGAGAGCAGAGGUUCGACUGUGUCAACCUGAGCGAGGAGUUCAUCACCGAGACGCUGUCGAAGCUGGGACUGUCUGUGGAGGAGUUCACUCUGCAGCAGGCUGAGGACCGGGACAGCAACCACAAGUGUGACUACGCCGCCUCCUUUCAUCUCAUCGCCAUCAAACACUGAUCACCUCUUGUACGUUUAUGUAAGAAACUAUGUAACACUCUUGUGGUUGUGUUAUGGGUUAUUAUACACUAUAAAAAGGAAGGGUUGGCGGGUGGUGGGACACAAUGCAGAUAGUCCAGGUAGCAAUUUUGAUGACCUGUUCAGGAGUCUUAUGGCUUGGGGGUAAUACAAGCAAGAGCAGUGUCUGGGUUUUCCUUCUUAAAUGUUAAUAAAAACGAACAUAUGGUGG